CAGUUGCGGUCUGCGGAGUGCGGGGUAAUGGCAGAACGCGGAGUUAUUUUUAGAGUUAUGCUUUGUAAACUAUGGUAGUAGUCCGCAAAAAUAAACAGUUAUUGUUUAAAAUGAAUGUGUAAUAAAAUACACGAGGAUCUCGAAAUGAAGUGAUUAUAUCAGUGUUUUACGCGCCCUGGUCUUCAAUUUUCGUCCAUGUAUUGUUGCUCUUUUCUUUCUCGGCUGGGAGUCGGCAUGGCGAGCAUGAGCUCCACGCUCGUCGAGACGGUCUCCAUCAACUAUGAGGACUUUAACGAGAGCUUCCUCACCUGCGGCACCUGUUUAUGUACAUACGAUGGCGGCGAACAUACUCCAAAAUUGCUUCCGUGCUCUCACACUGUCUGCUUACAUUGCCUCACUCGUAUAGCAGCCUCACAAACCCGAGACGCUGGUAGCUUCCGCUGCCCUAUCUGUCGCGAACUCAUCACCAUACCGCGCGGAGGCGUCCCAGCAUUACCACCUUCAUUCCUCGUCAAUCAGCUUUUGGAUUUAAUGGCAAGACAACGCCGUGAAGUUAUACCCCAAUGCAGUUCCCACCCGGGAAGAGAGCUUCUCUUUUGCGAAACCUGUGACUGUGUUUUCUGCAGGCAUUGUGCCGACGGUCCCCACAGUGAUACACCCUGUGAUCACACAGUAGUGCCGUUUUCGAUAGCUUUAAAAAGAAUGUCUGAAAUACUCUUGUAUAGAGCCAAUGAGUGCCUGAGUAAGCUUGGAGCGGCCAGGGAGGCCGUGGCAAGUGAAUUGAGAAGAUUGGAAGCGGCUGCUACAGCGGCUGAUGACGCUAUAGAUAGACAUUUUGCAGAAUUAAGAAGUGCUUUAGAUAAGCGACAUAACGAAUUAAAGUCGGCUGCCAGUGCCGCUGCAACGCAUAAACGGAAGCUACUUGAAGAGCAACUGAAAUUAAUAGAUGCUGAAAAGACAAAGGUGGAAGCAGAAUGUAAUGGCCUCCAGCAGCAAGUAGAAGUUCGGGAAGUCAGUAGCCGUGCAGCAGCAUUGGGAGCCAGGUUGGGUGAUGCAGCAGCUCUGGCGGAACCACGGGAGAACGCCUUUUUAGCGGUUGAUUUUGCGCACAAUGAUGCCCACCAGAGGUUGACCGAAGCUUUGGCUGAAUUGGGAAGGGUUCGGACCAGUACAACAUUCCCUGGCUUAUGCACUUUACAGUUAGAAUCAUCUUGUGUCUGUGGUCUGGAAGUGGUAGUCUCUCUUCGCACUGUGGAUUAUCAUGGUGAACCUCGGAGCACUGGCGGCGAUCCUGUUACUGCAGCCGCUACACUUGAUGAUGCGCCAUUGCCCUGUACGGUGACGGACUUAGAUUGUGGGAUGUACAGAAUUACAAUGCGUCCGUGGAGCGCAGGUGCAAUUUGCGUACGCGUGCUCGUCUUCUCGCGAUCUGUACGUGAUUCGCCUUUACGGGCACGAGUCGAGACGCAUGCUGCGCCCGAACUUGUUUGGGGGUCACGGGGUACUGGCAAGGAACAAUUGAGUCAGCCGGUUGCGCUUGCUAGAUGUCCCAAACGUCGGGAGAUAUACGUUCUUGACGCUGGAAAUUCUCGUGUGAAAGUAUUAGAUGAUGAGACAUUUGCAUUUAAAACUCACAUAGUCAAUGAAGGUUUAGCAGGUCGCAGUUGUACGGGUAUAGCUGCGACGUCAGAGGGCGUGGUAGCAGUUAACUGGCGAACUAGAACUGUAACUGAGGUGAACAUAGACGGUUCUACUCUCCGCACAAUAAAGUCUGAUCGCUUAGUGGAGCCCGUUUGCGUAGCGGCCGAUAUAGGCUCGAGAAGACUGGCUGUGGCCGACAAUGGAGCGAGGACUGUGUUUGUGUUUGACGGGGACGGGAAUAUUGAGAGAGAGAUAGACAGCGGUAACUUGGGUCUGGUGGGAGGUCUUGCGCUCACUGAGGACUUGAUAAUAGUCGCAGAUGUAGCGGUGAGAAUUUACGACUCCGAAGGGAAUUUGCUGUCCAUACGUGCGACUGUGCCUAAGGGUCGCGGCGGUUAUGGUGGCAUAGCAUUGGAGCGAACCGAGAAUGGUUUACAUAUCGUAUGCGCACGUUCCAUACGCGGCCGGCCCGCUAUCGUCGUACUGGAAGCAGAGGGCUCGGGUGGUAUAGUGGCGGGGUGCGAGCUGGCUGAAAAGAGACCCAGGAGGGUCGCGGGUUUGACGCUUCUGCCUAAUAAAAAGGCAUUAUUGGCUGACCUAGCGGGAGACUGUUUGAGACUGCACACUUAUUGGUGAAUGAUGGUGAACGAAAUGAGUGAAAGUCUUCAAGCGGGGAGUGAUGAAUGGUGAACGAAUUUCAUGCUAGUCCGUUGUAACUGAGAAACGAAUGAUGGCCAUAAUCUCGCGCGAUUCCUACCAAAGACGUAGUGCCGAGAGCACGGACGCCAUGCGAAUGAAAAUGUCACAUACUUAGUACUACGUAGUGCCCAAUAGAUGGCGUUGUUCUUAAAUUUAAAAUAAAAUCAUAUCCAUAUGAUAAAGUUAAUCGAUUAUUUUCUUUUCAAUUUUGUGGAAUAUUUUCAUUCGCGCGGCAAUAGUUGUACUUACAGUAUUUAUUUCGUUUUAAGUUUCUCUAAGAACUCAAUGUUUUUGUAGUUAAUUUUUCGACUGAUUUUUUUUCUAUGUGACAUAUUUUAUUCGAUUUUCGUAUUUCUUACUAGUCCUGUUAUUUCUUUAGUUCACGUGUUUAAACACGAUAAGUUUAAAGGAAAUUAAUUCAAUGUCUGAGUCAAGACCUCAUUUGAAUGACAACAAUAAUGAUAAGUAUGUUAAUGAUUUUCAUUAAAAUAUGCUAAUAUAAUGAUUCACUUCAGACAAAAUUCGCGUAGUUCCUGUUCCCGU